AUGGCCUGGGCAGGUGUAAUUUGUGGUUCUCAUAGUAAAUCUAUCGUACAGGAUGGAUAUAAUUUCAUUAUUAUUACUGUAGCAGCACAUGAGCUAGGACACAGUCUGGGCGCCCAACAUGAUGGCACUACAAACUUGUGCCGCUCGAGUGAUGCCUAUAUAAUGGCUUCACAAAGUAAACCCCAACAAGGCUCUACAGCAACGAAUCCAUGGAAAUUUUCUUCAUGUUCAACAGAUUAUUUCACAUCACGGAUAAACAUUCUUGAAUCAUCAGGUCCAAGCGGGAAUUGUUUGAAGUCUCUGGGAUCCAAUUUUGACCCAACGGCACUAGCAUUAUAUGAAGAGGUACUUGCUGGUCAGGUUUAUGAUGUCGAUGCCCAGUGCGUUCAAAUAAACGGAAUCGGAUCAUACAUGUGUAGGGGACAGUACGGGGGUAAUUAUGAAUCAAUAUGCAAUGUUCUAUGGUGCUCUAAUCCAGAAGCUACAUCUUGUUAUAAAUCAAUUGCAGGAGAAGGCACUCGUUGUGGCAAUAAAAAGUGGUGUGUUUCUGGAGUAUGUACCUCAGAUAUAAAGGCACCAGCUGGAAAUGAAAACUGUUUAUACGGUGACAGAAAAGGACAGAUAUUUUUCAACGGUUGGACAUGUGCAGACAUGUAUAGAAAGGACCCUCGAAAUUGUGUACUUGUACCGGUUCAAUGUUGUGCAACUUGUUAUCCAGAAACUUCCACGGUUGCAGCAACUACAGAUUCCCACAGAUCUACAAGUAAACUAUCGACUACAAAUGAGUAUUUCACGACAAUAGACACAGCUACUACAACAAUUCUUCUGACAACGACAGAACCAGUAACAGCAAAAGAGCUUCUGACAACUACCGAAUCAGGUACCACAACAGAGCCCCUUACAUCAAUCGAAUCAGUUACUACAAAAGAGCCUGAAACAAUAACAGAACCAGUUCCCACAACAGAGCAAGUGACAACAACUGAAUCAGUUACUACAACAGAGCAUGCGACAACAACUAAAUUAGCUACUACAACAGUGCCAUUGACAACAACAAAAUCAGCAACUACAUUAGAGCCUGUGAUUACAACUGAUUCGGUUACUACAAUAGAACCUAUGGCAACAACAGAAGCAGUCACUACAACAGAGCCAGUGACAACAACAGAAUCAGCUUCUACAGCAAAGCCAGUGACAACGACUGAAUCAGUUACUCCAAAAGAAGCUCUGAAAACAACAGAAUCAAUAACUUCAACAGAUCCAAUGACAACAACAGAAUCAGUUACUCCAACAAAACCUCUGACAACAGAAUCAGUAACUACAACAGAGCCAGUGACAACAGCAGAAUCAGUUACUACAGCAAAGCUAGAGGCAACAAGUGAAUCAGUUACUCCAACAGAACAUUGGAUAAUAACUGAAUCGGUUUCAACAAUAGAGCCUCUUACAACUCUAGAAUCUGUUUCCAAAACAGAACCUUCAACAUCGAAAGAAGCAGGUACUUUAACAGACUCUCAGUCAAAUCUAAAAUCAACUAUUACAACACAGCCACAACCACCUACCAAAUCAAAAACUACAACAGAACCUCCAGCAUCCUCUAAAUUAGUAACUGAACAAGAACAUAUAACAACAAUUGGAUCAGCUUCUACAGCAAAUACCAAACCAAAUACAGAAUUAUUUACUACGAUAAGGUUUAUGACAACUACAGAAUCAGAAACUACUCAUAAACACGAAGAAUCUUUGACAACUUCUAAGUUAAUUAUUACGAAAAAACAACAAGCAACUACUGAAACAGACACUUCAAUAGAACGUCUUACAACAGCUUCAGACACUAUUACAAAGCUACAAGCAACUACUUUAGGACCAUUAGCGCCUUCUUCGUCCGGUUUUGUUGAUGAAUCACUGCCGCUUUUAAUUGGUAUCAGUGCAAUUUCUGGAGUUAUCAUAUUAGGCAUGGGAAUUUGCAUUAUCACUUGUUGUAUGCGUUCGAAGAAAUCAUCUAAAAAUUACCGGUAUGAAGGGAACAAAAAUUAUGGAAUUGCCCUAGAUAGUGUUCAUGAAUCUCCAUCGUUCAAUGAAUCUGAACUUGCUGGUCCGUGCAAAGGUCAUUUCUGUGAUCUAAGUGAAGUGUGUGUACCAACAAAAACAAUUAACUUGUGCAUUCCAUUGGAUUUACAGUUUCCAGAGAAAAGUAUACCGGAACCAAACAAACAUUCACAAAGAACUACCACAGGAACCAUAUCAGAAAGGCAAAUGUCUUCUACACAUGAUAUCAGUGUAAAUGAAAUGACAUCUAAAGAAUCUGCUACAGUACCAACCACAUCAACAAUAGAACAUCCAGAAUCGUCCACACAUGGGUUAACAUCAAAUGUAGUGACAUCUACAGAUUUAUCUACUGAAAUGUCUACAAUCGAACAUCAAACAUCAACAGUUAAUUCACCAGAUAUUUCUACAUCAUUUACAAAAAUAUCAAAAGCCAAUUCUUCCGAUAUUGAUACAACAUAUGAACAAACAUCAACAACCAAUUCACCAGACAUUUCUACAGGCGAACAACAAACAACAACAGCCAAUUCACAAGUUAUUUCUACAGGCGAACAACAAACGUCGACAGCCAAUUCAAAUAUGUCUGAAAGGGAACAACCAAUAUCAACAGCCAAUUCACCAUAUAUUUCUACAUGCGAUCAACCAACAUCAACAGUCAAUUCACAAAAUGUUUCUAGAAGCGAACAACCAACAUCAACAGCCAAUUCAUCAGAUAUUUCUGCAGGUGAACAACCAACAUUAAAAGCCAAUUCCCCAGAUAUGUUUACAAGGGAACAACCAACACCAACAGCCAAUUUACAAGAUAUGUUUACGGGGAAACAACCAACAUCAACAGCCAAUUCACCAGAAAUAUCUUCAAGCGAACAACCAACAUCAACAUCUAUUUCACCAGAUAAUUCUACGGGCGAACAACCAACAUCAACAGCCGAUUCAACAGAUAUGUCUAAAAGCGAACAACCGAAAUCAACAGCUAAUUCACCAGAUAUGUCUACAAGCGAACAACUAACAUCAACAGCCAAUUCACCAGAUAUAUCUACAAGCGAACUUCCAACAUCAACAGACAAUUCACAAGAUAUGUCUACAAGCGAACUACCAACAUCAACAGCCAUUUCACCAGAUAUGUCUACAAGUGAACAACUAACAUCAACAGCUAAUACACCAGAUAUGUCUACAAGCGAACAACAUACACCAACGGACAAUUCACUAGAUAUUUAUACAGGCGAACAACCAACAUCAACAGCCAAUUCACUAGAUAUGUAUACAGGCGAACAACAAACACCAACGGACAAUUCACUGGCUAUUUAUACAGGCGAACAACAAACACCAACGGACAAUUCACUAGAUAUUUAUACAGGCGAACAACAAACACCGUCGGACAAUUCACUAGAUAUUUAUACCGGCGAACAACAAACACCAACGGACAAUUCACUAGAUAUUUCUACAGGCGAACAACAAACAUCAUCAGCCAAUUCACAUAAUAUUUCUAAAAGCGAACAACCAACAUCAACAGCCAAUUCACCAGAUAUGUCUACAAGUGAACAACUAACAUCAACAGCUAAUUCACCAGAUAUGUCUACAAGCGAACAACAUACACCAACGGACAAUUCACUAGAUAUUUAUACAGGCGAACAACAAACACCAACGGACAAUUCACUAGAUAUGUAUACAGGCGAACAACAAACACCAACGGACAAUUCACUGGCUAUUUAUACAGGCGAACAACAAACACCAACGGACAAUUCACUAGAUAUUUAUACCGGCGAACAACAAACAACAACGGACAAUUCACUAGAUAUUUAUACAGGCGAACAACAAACACCGUCGGACAAUUCACUAGAUAUUUAUACCGGCGAACAACAAACAACAACGGACAAUUCACUAGAUACUUCUAUAGGUGAACAACAAACAUCAACAUCCAAUUUACAAAAUAUUUCUAAAAGCGAACAACCAACAUCAACAGCCAAUUCCCCAGAUAAUUCUAAAGGUGAACAACCAACAUCAACAGCCAAUUCACCAGAUAUUUCUAAAGGCGAACAACCAACAUCAACAGCCAAUUCACUAGAUAUUUAUACAGGCGAACAACAAACACCAACGGACAAUUCACUAGAUAUUUAUACAGGCGAACAACAAACACCAACGGACAAUUCACUAGAUAUUUAUACAGGCGAACAACCAACAUCAACAGCCAAUUCCCCAGAUAAUUCUAUGGGUGAACAACCAACAUCAACAGCCAAUUCACCAGAUAUUUCUAAAGGCGAACAACCAACAUCAACAGCCAAUUCACUAGAUAUUUAUACAGGCGAACAACAAACACCAACGGACAAUUCACUAGAUAUUUAUACAGACGAACAACAAACACCAACGGACAUUUCACUAGAUAUUUAUACAGGCGAACAACAAACACCGUCGGACAAUUCACUAGAUAUUUAUACAGGCGAACAACAAACACCACCGGACAAUUCACUAGAUAUUUAUACAGGCGAACAACUAACACCAACGGACAAUUCACUAGAUAUUUAUACAGGCGAACAACAAACACCGUCGGACAAUUCACUAGAUAUUUAUACAGGCGAACAACAAACACCACCGGACAAUUCACUAGAUAUUUAUACAGGCGAACAACUAACACCAACGGACAAUUCACUAGAUAUUUAUACAAGCGAACAACAAACACCAACGGAAAAUUCACUAGAUAUUUCUACCGGCGAACAACAAACAUCAACAGCCAAUUCACAAAGUAUUUCUAAAAGCGAACAACCAACAUCAACAGCCAGUUCACCAGAUAUUUCUAAAGGCGAACAACCAACAUCAACAGCCAAUUCACUAGAUAUUUAUACAGGCGAACAACAAACACCAACGGACAAUUCACUAGAUAUUUAUACAGGCGAACAACAAACACCAACGGACAAUUCACUAGAUAUUGAUACAGGCGAACAACAAACACCAACGGACAAUUCACUAGAUAUUUCUACCGGCGAACAACAAACAUCAACAGCCAAUUCACAAAAUAUUUCUAAAAGCAAACAACCAACAUCAACAGCCAAUUCACCAGAUAUUUCUAAAGGCGAACAACCAACAUCAACAGCCAAUUCACUAGAUAUUUAUACAGGCGAACAACAAACAUCAACGGACAAUUCAUUAGAUAUUGAUACAGGCGAACAACAAACACCAACGGACAAUUCACCAGAUAUUUCUAAAGGCGAACAACCAACAUCAACAGCCAAUUCACUAGAUAUUUAUACAGGCGAACAACAAACAUCAACGGACAAUUCAUUAGAUAUUCAUACAGGCGAACAACAAACACCAACGGACAAUUCACUAGAUAUUUCUACCGGCGAACAACAAACAUCAACAGCCAAUUCACAAAAUAUUUCUAAAAGCAAACAACCAACAUCAACAGCCAAUUCACCAGAUAUUUCUAAAGGCGAACAACCAACAUCAACAGCCAAUUCACAAAAUAUUUCUAAAAGCAAACAACCACCAUAA